AUGGAUGUGGGUUCACCAGUGGACAAGGCAAAGCAUAUAGCCAAGAAGAUCAUUAGUCCCAAGUUGCAAACUGACAUACCAAAUUGGGUUGCCAAUGAUGCAAGAAAAUUGGUUUUAGCAGAGUUGAAGGGAACUUUUGAGAGUUCUUACAUAAAAGCACCACAACUGAUAAAGGGUUUUUUGAAUGGUUGUAGAAAGGUAAUUGGCUUAGAUGGAGCUCACCUAAAUGGUAAGCUAGGUGGUGCAAUGCUUGUAGCCACUGGUAUAGAUGGUCAGAAUAGGGUAUAUCCAAUUUGUGUGAUGUUUACUACAAGUGAAACUGAAGAAAACUGGUUCCUGAUGUUGAAAGAAUUGAGGAAAAGGAUUCCAGAUAUGGAUGGACUUACCUUUAUUUCUGACAGAAUGAAGGCCAUACUUGAAUCAGUUAAAAGGUUGUUUCCCUUGGCCAAUAAUAGAUACUGCCUAAGGCAUCUUUACUUGAAUUUCAUGACCAAGGGAUUCAGGAAUCCAAGACUAACAUACCUUCUUUGGCAGGCUGCCAAGGCAUACAAGUAUAAACAUUGGGAGGAAGCCAUGCAAGAAAUGACAGGGAUAGAUCCCAAAGCAUACCAGUACCUGAUUGAUGCAGAGCCAAAGUCUUGGGCAAGAUCAUGGUUUCCUCAUGAUGUUGCUUGUGAACACAUCUACUCCAACUUUUCAGAAAGUUUUAAUAACAUGUUCCUCAAUAUCAGAGACAAGCCUCUCACUCAUAUGGUUGAUAUGUACGCACACUUGGUGAUGGUGUUGUUUUCAAAAAGAAGAAAGCUUGCUUCAAAUUGGCAAUUGCGUGAUGUUGUUCCUGCUGGAAAGGAUCUCAUUGAGGUGAUGUCCAAUCUUAGAGGUAACUAUGAGUGUGAUCCUUCUGAAGAGCUGAAAGUGUAUGAGGUGACCAAAAAAGCUACUGGAAAAGUUUUUGUGGUAAAAGUAGAACAACAAACUUGUACAUGUAGACAGUGGCAGUUGAGGCAGUUCCCUUGCCUACAUGCUGUAAAAGCCUUGUUCCCUUUGAAUCCUGAUUGGGCCCAGUACUGCAGUAAAUACUACACUGGGACUACUAUAGGACCACCUACUCAUGGUCAAUAA